UAUUGAGCUGGUAGGGAUAGGUAAGGGAGGAUUUUUCAGAUUAGCAAUUAGUUCUCGGGGGAGGGGUAGGAGAAAGGGGGGGUUAAAAAUUUCUCUUUCCAACUACUAUAUUGAGUUGUUUUUUCUUUUUCUUCCCAAAUAUUAUUUUUCAAGGGCAUUGACAAUACUAGUAGUAAAGGAAAACCCCACUCCUCACCCCACUCCCCACACUGUCCACUCAUCACCCUGUCUGACCGAUUGUGUUUCUUAACCUUGUCUCUCUCUCUCUUUUAAUUUUGCAACAAAACCAGACACUGUUGCAUUGAUUGUUUUUUACACUCCACACAACCCAAGCCAAACCCUUCUUUAUUUUAACCAAAUCUAAGCAACUAUAUAUUUCUUAUUAAAAUUUUUUUUUUCCUAUUUCUGAUGUUGUAUGGAAAUUUAGGGUAUGGAAAUUUUUUUUUUAGGGUAUGGAAAUUUUAAAGAUUAAUAAAUUAAAAUUUUUUAAUUUUAAUUUAUUAUGUGGAUGCUUACACAGAAUUAGAAGACCCUACAGAAGACCUGCUUUCUGCUAAUUCAUAUGCUCGUUACUGUGAAACGGUUGCACCAAAUGUUCGAAUAAGCUUGCACCAAGUUCUUGUUCUUGUACUUCUACUGCCCCAACAUUUUUGGCAGAAAUGUGUGCUUAUCUAGGUACAACUGAUUUGACUUUUGGCCUUUUUUAUCUUUCUAUUAUUUAUAGACGAAUCGUUCUCUACUUAAUGUUAUUUUGGGAGGAGUUGGAACAAUAUCAGAAUCGGGUCCUGUUCAACAAAUUACUGGAACUGCUCAAUUUACUAAUGGCCAGCAGAUUAUGGUUAUGGAUUUUGUGUUCGAUGGAUGACAUAUAAAGAUAAGUUUAAAAUAUCAGGGGGAUCCAAAAUGGGGACCAAACUGGAAACCUGGGAGUGAUUCUAUCGGAUACUGGGGACCAGACUGGAUAAUCAGGACCGAUCUAUCGGAUACCGGGGACCAUACUG